GGGGAGUGCCAGCAGGCGCCAUUUUGUGUGGUUCGUGAAAAGCCAACCCGGGAGACGGAGGCAGCCCCGAAGAGCUGCCAGUGUCGCCGGUCGGCGAGGAAGGCGCCGGCGGGGGGAAUAUAUAAAAGAACUAAAGAUGUGGGAUCAAGGUGGGCAACCUUGGCAACAGUGGCCUUUGAAUCAACAGCAAUGGAUGCAGUCAUUUCAGCACCAGCAAGAUCCAAGCCAAAUUGACUGGGCUGCAUUAGCUCAAGCAUGGAUUGCGCAGCGAGAAGCAUCGGGGCAACAGAGUGUGGUGGAACAGCAAGGGUUGAUGCCAAAUGGCCAGGAGAUGUCUGGAAUGGAACCUGGCCCAAACAACCAUGGUAACUUCCAGGGCGAUCCAAACUUCAACAGAAUGUGGCAACCAGAAUGGAGCAUGCCACACCAGCCCCCUCAUCCGCCUCCAGAUCAGCCAUGGAUUCCUCCAGCCCCAGGCCCGAUGGAUAUUGUUCCUCCAUCUGAAGACAGUAACAGUCAGGACAGUGGGGAAUUUGCCCCUGACAACAGGCAUAUAUUUAACCAGAAUAAUCACAACUUUGGGGGACCACCACCUGAUAAUUUUUCAAUGGGGCCAGUGAACCAGUUUGACUAUCAGCAUGGGACCACUUUUGGUCCACCUCAAGGUGGGUUUCAUCCACCUUACUGGCAGCCUGGACCACCGGGUCCUCCAGGGCCUCCAGCGCCUCCUGCUCCUCCCCAAAACCGAAGGGAAAGGCCAGCGUUCAGAGAUCGCCAGCGUUCGCCUAUCACGUUGCCUGUGAAACAGGAGCCGCCUCAAAUUGAUGCUGUUAAACGCCGAACUCUACCUGCUUGGAUUCGGGAGGGACUAGAGAAGAUGGAAAGAGAAAAACAGAAGAAGCUUGAGAAAGAGAGGAUGGAACAGCAGCGUUCUCAACUGUCUAAAAAGGAAAAGAAGGAACGUGUGGAACCAGGAGAAGAAGAUGGGCCUCGAUUACCACAGAAAAGUAAAUUUGAUAGUGAUGAUGAAGAUGACGAUCUUGAUAAUGUAGAGGCUACAAGUAGUGGAAAAGUCAGCCGAAGUCCCUCCCCAGCUCCUCCAGAGGAGCAAAGUGAACCAGAAAUGACAGAGGAAGAAAAGGAGUAUCAUAUGAUGUUGCUGACAAAAAUGCUGCUGACAGAAAUUCUUCUAGAUGUCACAAAUGAAGAAAUUUAUUACGUGGCUAAAGAUGUCCACCGUAAAGCAAUAAAAGCUCCUGCAAAACAGCUGGCACAGUCCAGUGCAUUGGCUUCCCUCACUGGACUUGGUGGACUGGGUGGUUAUGGAUCAGGAGACAGUGACGAUGAGAGGAGCGACAGAGGCUCUGAGUCAUCCGAUACUGAUGAUGAGGAACUGCGACACAGAAUCAGGCAAAAACAAGAAGCAUUUUGGAGGAAGGAGAGAGAACAGCAACUAUUGCUAGAGAAACAGCUGGAAGAAGAAAAACUCCAAAAUGAGAAAAUUGCAAAAGAGAUGAGUGAACUCGCCAGUAAAGAGCAAAACAGCAAUUCACCACCAGAGGAUGCAAAAGAAGUAGAGGAGGAGGAUGUGUCUAAUGAAAAGAAAAAAUCUCCAAAGGAAAUGACACCAGAUAUCGAACCAAAAAAAGAGGUUAAAGAAAAAGACAGAACAGGCAGAAGUAGGACAAAAAGUUCUAGCAGUGGUAGCUCAAGCGCUAAUAGCAGAAGCAGCAGCAGUAGUAGCAGCAGCACAGCUUCUAGUUCAUCCUAUAGUAGUAGCUCUGGCAGCAGUCGCAGCUCUUCACAUUCUUCCUCUCCUAAAAGGAAAAAGAGACGUAGUCGCAGCAGGUCACCCUCACAUAAAGUUAGGCGUAGCAGAAGCAGAAGCUAUUCACACAGAAACAGGAGAGAAAGGAGUAGGAGUAGGGGCAAGGUAAGAGAAAGGCGGAGGUCUAGUAGACACAGGAGUGUAGAAAGAGGGGAGAGGAAACGAAAUCGUAGUCCUUCCCAUGACCGAAACUGGGAGAGGCGUAGAAGUGAUAGCCACUCAAGGGAUAGACUUGCUAGCCAUUCCACUCGCAGUGGCAGUCGAGAUAGACGUAAAAGUGAGGACCAGCGUAGAAGUGUAAGUGGAAACAGGCACAAACAUAGUCAUGAUAGUAAAGUUCAGGAAAGGAAAAAGGACCGCAGCAGGAGCAUAGAAAAAGAUAAGAAAAAGAACAGAGAGAGGGAAAGAGACCAGGAGAAGCGUAAAGAGAAACAGAGAAAAGACGAAAAAGACAGUAAAGCUGGCAAUCAUGAUGAGAGGUUAAAGAGAAAAAGAGAUAGUGAAAGAACUCUCUCUCGCAGUGAUUCAGUAUCUUCAAAAAUGUUAGGGCAUGAUUCUAGGCAGGAAGGCAAGAGACGUUCUACCAAAGAUAGCAAAAAGCAUUCAGGUUCGGAAUCUAGCACAAGAAGCAGUUCUGAGUCACCAGGCAGCAGCAAAGAAAAGAAGCCUAAGAAAUCAAAGCAUAGUCGGUCGCGGUCCAUGGAGAAAUCUCAAAGGUCUGGUAAGAAGGCAAGCCGCAAACACAAGUCUAAGUCACGAUCAAGAUCAAUGACUCCUCCUCGUCGUAAACGCUGAGGAAUGAUAUGGCACUAGUCAUACGAUUUAAAAAUUCCAUGAGUUUUUAAGGGCUUGUCUCAUUAUAGAGGCUCAUUAUAGAGGCUACAAUUGUGGCUGUGUAGGUGAAAGCUGAACCCCUUUUUAAAAAAAAUAUCUGUAAAUAGCUGUAUUUUUUGGAAACGCUGCUCAGAGUUAAGUACUUGCUAGGAUUUCUUUGUAUUUACAUUUUUUCAAAACAGUAGUGCUUACUAAGACUAUAAAAUAUGCCAUUCUCUUUCAGCUGUAAUGUUCUUAAAAUUGCUAUUGAAUGUACUGUGAUGUCAAUAAAGUUCUUUAGUUCAUUUUUGUUUAAA